CUUUGGGGUUGGGGAAAUUUGUCACUCUACUGUAACAGCUGCAAAUUGGUUGGGAACAACCAAGCUAGGUUGGCAAGGGUGGCCAACUUGGAUGGAUUGGUUGGGAAGGGACAAAGGUCAAAGUUGAGGUUCCUAUAGGGAGGGAAUCUUUGUGCUUAUGGGGUUUCCUUGGUUGGGGACUCUCUUGGGACCUUCCCUCUCGUCCCUCUCCAUCUAUCCCAACCUUUCUCUUGCUCCUUCUAAUUCCUUGUGAGAUUCUUGAACUUUGAUUGAACUUUUGAGAUUGAGUUAAGUUCUCCUCCUACAGCUUACCCCCUAAUGCGUCGAAAGCUAUAGCGUUGCGAAUACUUCAUUAAUUAACGUGAUUCAAAUUGGGAACGGUAGCUGAGAUUAAGAGCUACAACAUAUCCGAGUUUCGCGACAUUCCAACGGCUAGUUUUUCGUCGACGUCGUUUCUUGUGAAGACGACUUUUCUGUCCAGAAUUUCGGAUUUAUAUUUUGAGUAAUUCUAGCUCCUAAGUUCACCUAGACUCCGUCCUUAAUCCUAACAAGUGGUAUCAGAGCCAUAUUAAGGACAUUGAGAGGAGUCUACAGAAGUGUGAAGACCCUUCUAGACCCACCAUGGCCUGUGGCAAGAUCAAUGGACACCUGAGUGGCUAAGGCAGCAGAUUCUGCAGGAGGACUUCCGCAGACGCCAUAUGGGAGGCGGUGCUGCCACUAAGACUGCUGAGGGGUAUGGAGCUGCAGGGCGCGGCAAAGGAAGAGGGGGUUGGAGAGGCCGAGGCCGUGGGAGGAGCUUUGGCAGAGGUAGAGGCCGAGGUGACUAUAAUGAGGGGCAUGGAAGCUCCAGUGGCAGGGGGAGUACCAGAAUGGAGGGCACCUGCUGGUACUGCAAGAAGGUCGGGCAUCCUUGGUUCAAGUGCUUCAGCAGGCCGGAGGGAUGGGCACCUCCAGGCAUGAAGCCGCCCAGUGGUGAACGCGCACAAGGUGGCGCUGUGCAAGGCUCAGGUGCACAAGGUGAAGGUGCACAAGGUAAUGCCUAUCCUGGUUUGUUUCUUAUGGUUGAGGAUGUGCAUGGGCAUGAGGGUGAUGUGGGAUCUGUGGGAAAGGUUGUGAUGCACCCUCUCAUGCACUGGGUGAUUGAUUCGGGUUGCAUCAGUCACAUGACCCCACGGGCAGAUUUGCUUGAUGAGGUAAAACCCCCUGGGAAGAUCAAGUAUGUGGCAGCAGCGUCAGGUGCUUUGCUCCCUGUGAUUGGCGUUGGGAAUGCCAAGGUUAAGGGAGCUAAUGGGGAGCUUGUGGGGCUUGGGAAUGUUCUGCUAGUUGAAGGUUUGUCUGCUAACCUUCUCUCUGUGCGGCGACUGCAGAAGAGCAAGGCCGAAGUGACCUUUGGACCAACCAGCUGCCGUGCUAAGCUUGGGAAGAAGGUGCUGUGGAGUCUGGAAGAGGAGACCAGCUGCAUCAAGGACCUGUGGCAGCUGCCCAUCAUCCCAUGGAAUGGGAAGACUCCAACAGCAGCAACGGCAGCAGCGGCAAAGGCAACAGCAGGAGGAGAUGCAACUGCACCAAAUGAUGGGGUCCUGGAAGCAGUCAAGAAAGUGCAGAAGCAGCAGACACAUGGUGAGGUGCUUGCUGGUGUGGAUGCGAGUGCGGCAUGGGCUAAGGCUUCAUCAAGGAGUGGAGAGGCCGAUUGGGAGACAUGGCAUGAGAGGUUGUGUCAUGUGAACUUCCCUAUGCUGCAGAAGUUGGUGAAGAAUGGGAGCCUGAAGGGCUUGGAGGUGAAAGGGGAAGUGAAGGAGAUUGGGAGCUGUCCUACAUGCUUGGAGACCAAGUUCUCCAAGUUCCCCUUCAACAGCACUACAGGACCAGCCAAGACCCCACUUGCACUUGUGCACAUGGAUGUGGUGGGGCCCACAAGAGCCCCUUCCCUCUCAGGCAGCCGCUAUUUCUUGACAAUUGUAGAUGACCACACUCGGGCAGUGUGGGUUUACCCUUUGAAGAGCAAGGGGGAGGUGGCAGCGGCUGUCCUUAAGGAGUGGAUGCCUAGAGCUCAGAGGGAAUGCGGACACAAGGUGAAGGUGAUCCGUAGUGACAAUGGUGGGGAGUUCAUUGGAGCUGAUUUUGAGGGGGAGUUGAAGAGGAAGGGGAUCCAGCAUCAACUGACAGUGCCCUACAACCCACAGCAGAAUGGCGUGGCUGAGAGGUUCAACAGGACCCUGCAGGAGGGGGCACGCACUCUCCUUGGGCGUGCAGGGCUGCCUGAUCCGUUUUGGGUGUCUGCACUGAGGCAGGUCGCCCUUGUGAAGAACAGGGUGCUGGCUACAGUUGGAGAUAAGGAGUGGAUCCCAUAUGUCAAGUGGUAUGGGAGUGCUCCAGCUGUGAACAUGCUGAGGGCAUUUGGGUGCAUGGUGGUGUUUCAUGUGCCCAAGGAGAAAAGGGGGAAGUUGGAGGCUUCUGGAAGAUGGGGUGUGCACUUGGGGAUUGCAAAGGAUCACAAGGGGUGGCUGCUAUGGGACUUGACCACCCAGAAGUUGACAGUGUCAAGGGAUGUGAAGUUUCUUGAGUCCCUGUACUACAAGGAAUGGAAGCAGCAGCAACAGAAGCUUCCAUCUACACCGCUCAUUGUGGAGGCAGAUGAGGUGCAGCAGCCUUCAAGACAGGUGGAGGUUGCAGUGUCAGAGGAGGAGAUGUCUGGGGUGACUGAGGAAGGGGGAGCAGCUGAAGUGGAGCAGCAGCAGCAGCAGGAGCAGCAGCAGCAGCAUGAGUCUCCACCUCGAGUUCCACACCCGCCUGAGCGACCUAGGAGGGAUGUGCGCCCUCCGGUGAGGCUGACCUAUGGGGGAAGAGGCAAGCCAAAUGUGGUGCAGGCUGGGAGCGUGGUUGAGCAGAUUGAGGAAGAUGAGAUCGCUCACUGCUACUGGGCACCAAUCCCUGAGCCCAAGACUCGAGAGGAGGCCUUGAAUGGACCAAAUGGGGAGAAGUGGAAGGCGAGUGAGGAUGAGGAGUUCGGGUCCCUGAUUGAAAACGAGACAUGGGACCUGUGUGACUUGCCUCCUGGGAAGAAGGCAAUCACUUCCAAGAUGAUCUACAGGCACAAGUAUGGACCUGAAGGGGAGCUGACCCGCUACAAGUCUAGGCUUGUGGCACGGGGGUUUCAGCAGACAAAGGGGAAGGACUAUGAUGAGGUGUUUGCUCCUGUGGGGAAAGGAACAACACUGAGGGUGCUGUUGGCGAUAGCUGCACUCCUGGGAUGGAAGAUACGGCAGAUGGACAUUGUGACUGCCUUUCUGAAUGGGAUCAUUCUGGAGGAGGUGUACAUGAAGCAGCCAGAGGGGCUGGAUGAUGGGAGCGGCAGGGUCUGCAGGCUGAAGAAGGCCAUCUAUGGCCUUAAGCAGGCGCCUCGUGCAUGGUAUCACAAGUUGGAGGAGGCGCUGUUGGCUGGGGGUUUCAAGAAGAGUGAGUGUGACCCCAGCCUGUUCCUGCUGCAGGAGAAGGAUGAAAUCCUCAUGCUCUUGGUGUACGUGGAUGAUAUCCUUCUCUUUUCUGCAUCAACUGCUUUGCUGGACAGCGCAGAGCAGAUGCUAGAGAUGCAGUUCAAGUGUUCCAAGAUGGGUGAGGUGAAGUACUACUUGGGGAUGCAUGUGGAGAGAGAUGUGGAGAAAGGUGUGCUGAGGUUGCACCAGAGGAAGUACUGUGAGGGGCUGGCUGAAAAGUAUGGGCUGCAAGAUGGGGGAAAGCCAGCAACACCACUACCUUCGGGGUUCACUGUUGAGCCAUGUGCUGAUGAGGAGGUAGUGGGUGAUAGUGACAGGAAGCUGUUUCAUUCGAUGGUUGGGUCGCUGAAUUAUGCUGCAAAUCAUACACGGCCUGACAUUGCAUUUGCUACAUCACGACUGGCUAGCGUGGUUUCACGUCCUAGUCAUGAGCAGCUGGAAGCGGCCAAGAGGUUGGUCCGCUAUGUGAGUGCUACGGCAUCAGUGGGAUUGGAGUACAGUGGAGUGAGGCAGCGGUUGCAGAGAGGUGCCGCAGAUGUGAAGAGUGGCGAAAUGCUCUUGAGUUGCUAUACUGACGCUAGCUUCAACUCAGUGAAAGCGGAUGGCACCAGCAUUGGGGGUUAUGUGUGCUUGCUAGGAGGUGGUGCUGUGAGCUGGCGCAGCAAGAAGCAAAAUGAGGUGGGAUUGUCUUCAUGUGAGACUGAAUGUGGUAUGGUGGAUGAUGGUUGGCAGCCAGAGGGGGAGAUUGUUGUGUGAUGUCAUCAUAUGCUAUCACAUUCUGUCUGCCUCUCAUCUCUUGUUUCAAUUCGUAUGUAUGGUUUGACUGUGUGUGAAAGAAUUUGUGUGUGGUGUGUUCUGGAGUUUGGGAAUGUGUUUUGUGUUAUUCUGUCUGAGCAGGUAUUUGUGAUGAUAGAUCUUGAGAAGAUCUUUCCGACGCAACAAGAAUCGCUUCAAUCGGAGCAAGAACGCGAAAGCUAUGAAGAUUCAAAGUUCAUGAGCUUGCGUUACAAUUGCGGCGGUUACAAAGUGAAGUUGUGGGGUGACUUUAUAUGGAGUUGGGACCUUUGGGGUUGGGGAAAUUUGUCACUCUACUGUAACAGCUGCAAAUUGGUUGGGAACAACCAAGCUAGGUUGGCAAGGGUGGCCAACUUGGAUGGAUUGGUUGGGAAGGGACAAAGGUCAAAGUUGAGGUUCCUAUAGGGAGGGAAUCUUUGUGCUUAUGGGGUUUCCUUGGUUGGGGACUCUCUUGGGACCUUCCCUCUCGUCCCUCUCCAUCUAUCCCAACCUUUCUCUUGCUCCUUCUAAUUCCUUGUGAGAUUCUUGAACUUUGAUUGAACUUUUGAGAUUGAGUUAAGUUCUCCUCCUACAGCUUACCCCCUAAUGCGUCGAAAGCUAUAGCGUUGCGAAUACUUCAUUAAUUAACGUGAUUCAAAUUGGGAACGGUAGCUGAGAUUAAGAGCUACAACAUAUCCGAGUUUCGCGACAUUCCAACGGCUAGUUUUUCGUCGACGUCGUUUCUUGUGAAGACGACUUU